GUGGGUUGCUUCGAUUACUUGUCGGCAGCAAAGAAGAGGUUUUUCAUUUAGUUGACAAGCUCGAAAUAUACAAAAUGUCAGAGGUUAGUGAACUAGAUUACAUCUUCGAUCAAACUAAUGAUGCCAUAAAAUCACGUAAAGCGACAAAGCUUGGUUUAUAUCUUAUUGGAAUAACAGGAGGUUUUGCAACAGCUAUAAGUAUAAUAUGUAUCCCAUUUGUGAGUCCUGCAUUUCGCAGAAUAUGUCUGCCUUAUGUACCAGCUACGGGACAACAGGUGCAAAAUGUAUUACGCGCCGUAGAAGGACACUCUGGAUCUUUAAUUGACCUUGGGAGUGGAGAUGGACGCAUAGUAUUUGCAGCAGCCAAAGCUGGAUUCGCAGCUCAUGGUAUUGAAUUAAAUGCAUGGUUGAUCUGGUACUCAAGAUUAAAAGCCUUAUUCACAGGAUUAUCAUCACAGACAACUUUCAUUAGGCAAAAUCUAUGGACAUAUAAUUUGAGAAAUUAUAAUAAUGUUGUCCUGUUUGGUGUUGGUCAAAUGAUGCAAGAGAUAGAAAACAAGUUUAUGGCAGAAUUACAGGAAGACUGUGUUAUAGUUGCUUGCAGAUUUCCACUUCCCAAUAUGAAUGCAAUAAAAAUAAUAGGUGAAGGUGUUGAUACUGUUUGGGUCUAUAAAGUUUCAAAAAGGACUUAA